GAGAGUAAAGUGUAAUGCAGACCUUACCCCUACCUUAAAAGGUAACUUGGUGAAAAAUGGUGGAUUUGAAGCUGGUCCGCACGUAUUCAAGAACUUCUCGACAGGGGUGCUUGUCCUGCCUCUGAAACAAGACAAGUACUCACCAAUUCCAGGAUGGAUGGUUCAGUUUGCAAAACCAGCAAAAUACAUCGACUCGAAGCAUUUCUUAGUACCUUCAGGAAAUGCAGCUGUUGAAUUAAUAGGAGGAAGGGAAACAGGCAUUGCACAGACAGUAAGGACAGUCCCCAAACAAUUCUACAACCUGACUUUCAUCAUUGGCGAUGCAAACAAUGACUGCCACGGAACAAUGACAGUUCAAGCAUUCGCUGGAAAGGCUAGUACACAAGUUUCAUUUGUAUCAAGUGGAAAGGGAUGGUACAAGACAGCAAGCCUCAAGUUCCAAGCAGAUAAAACUAGGACAACAAUAGCUUUUUAUAACCCAUUCUAUCACACGAAGGUACACGACUUUGGUCACAUGUGUGGACCUGUCAUCGAUGAUGUUAGUCUCGUUCAUGUCAAGAAGUGAGCAUUACUCAGAUAAGAUCAAUUUCAAAUCAAGUUCUGUACCAUUGUUUUUGUUUUUGUUUAAGUUGUUCAGUCCGAAACAAGAAUGAUAUAUCCAAUAAAAGUAGUAAAAUCUCUUCAUU